CAGCCUUUGAGUAGUGCUUGGCCGUGCCUCUCCUGAGUGCUCCCUGGGAAAGCAAUAAUGAUCACAUUCAUGAACAACUCAGACAGCGAGGAGGAGCCCUGCAAUGAGAGAACAUCCCUGAUGUCUGCAGAGAGCCCUCCAGUACCCUCCUACCAGGAUGGCCUGCAGCCCUCAGAAGCAGGGGAAGUGCAGGCACAUAGGAAGAGGCGAACAGGUAGCAGCCGUAGCCCUAACAACAUCGCUGAUGGGGAUAUGUCUGACUCGGGUGUUCCAGUGAGAGAAAGCACCUUGGAAAACGAAGAGGAGGAACUGACUCUGAAAUAUGGAGCAAAGCAUGUAAUCAUGCUCUUUGUGCCUGUCACCCUUUGUAUGAUUGUUGUCGUCGCCACCAUAAAGUCAGUGCGCUUCUAUACGGAGAAAAACGGGCAGCUGAUCUACACCCCUUUCAGUGAGGAUACCCCAUCUGUAGGCCAGCGUCUCUUGAACUCAGUGUUGAACACCAUCAUAAUGAUCAGCGUCAUCGUUGUAAUGACCGUGUUUCUAGUUCUGCUCUAUAAAUACCGCUGCUACAAGUUCAUCCAUGGCUGGCUGAUCCUGUCCUCUUUGAUGCUGCUCUUCCUCUUUACCUACAUAUAUCUCGGUGAAGUACUGAAGACGUACAACGUGGCCAUGGAUUACCCCACUCUGUUCUUAGUAAUCUGGAAUUUUGGAGCUGUUGGAAUGAUUUGCAUACACUGGAAAGGACCCUUGCAGCUCCAGCAAGCAUAUCUCAUUAUGAUCAGUGCCCUGAUGGCACUCGUUUUCAUUAAAUAUCUACCUGAGUGGUCAGCUUGGGUGAUUCUAGGUGCAAUCUCCAUCUAUGAUCUGAUGGCUGUUCUCUGUCCCAAGGGGCCACUGAGAAUGCUGGUAGAAACUGCACAGGAGAGAAAUGAGCCCAUUUUUCCUGCAUUAAUAUAUUCCUCUGCUAUGAUGUGGACAGUUGGAAUGGCAAAACCAGACACAGCAGCAAGAGGACCAAGUCAGCAGACGUGGGAUGCAGCUGAAGAUGGGAGGGAGGACCACAGGAGCCCUUCACACACAGACUCUCAGAUGUCGGAGACGAGGAGUCCUGUUCCGACCCGCCCCAUCACUUCUUUUGAGGAGCUCGAGGAGGAGGAAAGGGGUGUGAAGCUGGGCCUUGGAGACUUCAUAUUUUACAGCGUGCUUGUUGGGAAAGCAGCUGCCACAGCUAGUGGAGACUGGAAUACUACGCUGGCCUGCUUUGUAGCCAUUCUCAUAGGUUUAUGCUUAACUCUUUUAUUACUGGCUGUUUUUAAGAAAGCACUGCCUGCCCUUCCCAUCUCCAUCACCUUUGGCUUGGUCUUCUACUUCUCGACAGACAACCUUGUGCGACCAUUCAUGGACACCCUGGCCUCCCACCAGCUGUACAUUUAGAAGAAGUGGGAGUUAGAGGAUUCUUUUUAAAGUUUUGCUGUGAAGUAUGGUACACUGUUUGGAAUAAGUCAUAAAGUUUUACACUU